AUGCCCAAAUACAAGUAUUUUCAUGCUCGCUUGUUGGAAUGCUAUCGAUUUCUUGAGGGCGGAAAUGCAGCCCUUCUAAGGUCGGUUCAGAAAAACCAACAGGUUAACGAAACACCAAAGCAGAUCGAAGAACUUUUAGACGAGUUUGCCUUUAAGGUGGCCAGCAAGAAAGAUGCACACGAAAAACAGGCGAUUAGGGAGGCCAGCAUUGAAGGACGACAGGCCUUCAUGGCUAAACGAUGGAAGAGUCGUUAUUACAAUCUCCUGGAAAGCAGUGAUAUUUUAGGAAAAUUAAUGGCUGCCCAGAAGUUCCUCCAGGAAGAGGUGGGGGCAGAUCCGGAGAAAAAGGAGAAAUUGGACUGGAUUCUGGACGAAGUGAAAAGUCUUCUCCUCCCUUCUUCAGUUAAUCUCAAAGUCUCAGCCCACUCAGGCAGGGCUGUAGAAGACUUGAGUUGUGAUGAAUUGUCUAGCAGUGAUAUCAAAUACAGCGAUUAUGCAGCCAACGAUUUCGUUGUGCCCCUCUCUAGCAUCUUUCUUGUGGAUCUCCUGGCAAAUCAUCUGCUUUGUGAACAGAGGUUGAAACAACAGACAGACUCCAGGCCACAUUUGAUUCACAUGCUCCGACGGGAGAAGAGACGUCGAAAUUAUCAUAAGAAUCAGUGUAGCCGUCUGGAGGAUGAAGUCUUUCUCAUGGAGAAGUACCUGAAACAGUUGGAAAAACUAAAAAGUCGAUUGAUCACCGAUGGCGACAGAACCGCGUCGACGCUCCGGUCGGGCGGAGUGGAACCCAAGGCCUCUAGGGGAAAUGAUACUGCCGAGCAGACAGAGGAAGAAAUUACAGCUGAAAUUGACAUUCUGGAGAAGGAGAGUGCCCGCAUCGACGAGAAAAUUAAAGAGUUAGAGAGCGUUCUUAAGGAGGAGGAGACACAACGAAGAACAACACUGAAACGUCUUCAGGUUUUGACUGGAACAAUCUCCGUCUGUUGCAAGAUAGACGGUCACAUGCCCUCAUGUCUAGAGCAGAUGGGCAACGACAAGUUGCUUGUUCAUGUACCCAGCCCGCCAGCCCAAAUGCAGCUUACUUCACAGCAGUCCGAAGCUGCAACCGUAAUACAGUGCUUCAUCUUUGACGCAGUUUGCGGGCCUGGUAGUGGAAACUGCGAUGUAUUUAAAAACAUAGAGCUACUGGUCAGCAUGUCUCUCCACGGGCAGCCCGUGAGUGUGCUCGUAUGUGGACCAGAUGAGAGGGAGAACUCACGCAUGCUCUACGGGGCGACGGAGAAGGGGGGAGAGCCGGGUUUGGCACAUUUGUGUGUCAGUCAAGUUUUUGAGGCGUCUAGAAGAAAGAGUCGUUGGAAUUACACCUACAAUGCGUUUGCCUUGAUCUGUGGUGCCACUGAGGUAUACAACCUUCUGGCCGACCAUUCGCAAAGAACUCCGCUAAAUAUCAGUCCCGAUGAUAGCGAAUUCAUCCAGGCAGGUACGUUUUGCUUGCAGAUCGCAUCCCCUUCCGAAUUCGAUUCCAUGCUCAUCUGGCUAAAUGAAAAGGUGAGAUCCACCAGAUGUCCGCCUGGCCAUCUAUUCCUCAUCCUACGUAUCCAUUCCCAGCAUAUGGGUGAUCCAGAACGAUCAGUGACCUCGUGGUUAUAUCUUGCCGACUUAUCUAGCUGUCAGCAGCCGGAAUCAACGCAACCUUUCACGGACUCGGAAGGCAUUGAGCGUGCUUGUGGUCAAGCUGUGGGGAAGUUGAAUUCUCUAUUUGUCGCCUUGCGCUGGCGAAAGAGAGCCAAUUUCAAAGAAUGCCCACUAACUCAGUUGAUGCAGCCAAUGCUGACUGGAUUAAGCAGGUGUUUGAUAGUCCUGUCAGUGAGUUCAGAUCCGACCAACUUGCAGAAAACACUUGCCCAUCUGCACUUUGGAACGAACGCUGUUCAGGCUACGGUUGAGGCUAGUGAAUCUGGAAGAUGGAAGCCUGUCAGUCCUCUCAACAGUUGGUAG